GCAGGAAGAAUUUCUCUCGGAUUCUCUUUUAUAAUACGGUGUCGGUAAUCGCCUUUCCCUUUUUGCGAGUGUGUGCGCGCUAACGUGGGCCAUCUCGCAGAACUCGGGAGUUGUUGCUGAAUCGCAAGCUGCCUCUUUUUUUUCUGGGUUAUUAAUCGAGCUUAUUCGAGCUCGGCGUCUGGCCUUAUUUUGUUGAGCGUUGCAAGAAAGAAAAACUCAAGAAAAUUAAUACGAAAACGUUUCGACGUUGCUUCUUCAUGAUGAAGUCUUUGGCUCCUGAGAUGGCGGCCACGUACGACCCGAAGUCGGUGGAGGCUGGGUGGUAUCAGUGGUGGGAGAAGUCUGGCUUCUUUCGGCCCGCCUCCGACACCAAUCCGGAGACGACGGCCAAGCCGUUUGUGAUUGUCGCCCCGCCACCGAACGUCACAGGUUUCCUGCACCUCGGCCACGCCCUGACCGGCGCCGUGCAGGACUGCCUCACCCGCUUCCACCGUAUGAAAGGCUACAACGCGCUCUACGUGCCCGGCACCGACCACGCCGGCAUCGCCACGCAGGUCGUGGUCGAGCGCCGCGUGAUGAAGAUGGAGGGCAAGACGCGCCACCAACUGGGCCGCGAGGAGUUCAUGAAGCGCCUGUGGCACUUCAAGGAGAACCACGCUGGCAUGAUCACGAAGCAGUUCCGCGAGAUUGGCAUCUCCCCCGACUGGACGCGGGAGCGCUUCACGAUGGACGCGCAGUCGUCCGCGGCGGUGCUGGAGGCGUUCGUGCGUCUCGACGAGGACGGCCUGGUGCACCGCGACACCCGCCUGGUGAACUGGUGCUGCACCCUGCAGAGCGCCAUCUCCGACCUUGAGGUGGAGUUCAUGGAGGUGCCCAAGUCGGCGAAGGUGUCGAUCCCCGGCUACGACCGCAAGGUGGACAUGGGCACCCUCACCCACGUCGCCUACAAGCUGUCGGACAGCGACGACGAGAUUGUCAUCGCAACGACGCGGCCGGAGACGCUGCUGGGCGAUACCGCCGUCGCCGUGCACCCCGACGACGAACGCUACAAGAAAUUCCACGGCAAGAGCCUCAAGUGCCCUUUCCGCGAUGCCACCAUUCCCAUCGUGCUGGACGCGACACUGGUGGACAUGAACUUCGGCACCGGUGCCGUGAAGAUCACCCCGGCGCACGACCCGAACGAUUUUGAGUCCGGCCGGCGCCACAACCUGCCGCGGCUCGUCAUGAUGGACCUCCACGGCAACGUCACGAUGGAGCCCUUCACAGGUAUGCACCGCUUCGACUGCCGUCGCGAGAUUGUGAAGAAGCUGGACGAGAUGGGCCUACUGCGCGGCGUGGAGCCGUACGAGUACCGCGUCGGCCGGUGCACCCGCACUGGCGACAUCGUGGAGCCGAUGCUGAUGCCGCAGUGGUUCGUGGACUGCUCCGACAUGGCCCGCCGCGCCGUCGAGGCGGUGCGCAACGGGGAGCUCCGCCUCUACCCCGCCUCACACGAGAGUGUGUGGUUCCACUGGCUGGAGAACAUCAAGCCGUGGUGCGUAUCGCGGCAGCUCUGGUGGGGUCACCGCAUCCCUGCCUACAAGGUCGUGAACGCCCUCCCAUCUGAUCACGCCGACCCGUGGGUGGUGGCUCGCAACCUGGACGAGGCGAAGACGAAGGCCAAGGCGAAGUUCAACUUGACGGAUGAGCAGCUGGCGACGGCGGAGUUCGAGCAGGACCCGGACGUGCUGGACACGUGGUUCAGCUCCGGUCUCUGGCCCUUCUCCACCAUCGGCUGGCCGAACGACUCGGACGACAUGAAGCGCUUCUUCCCGAACACGCUGAUGGAGACGGGACACGACAUUAUCUUCUUCUGGGUGGCGCGCAUGGUGAUGCUGUCGCUGCACCUCACCGGCAAGCUGCCCUACAAGGAGGUCUUCUUCCACGCCAUGGUGCGCGACAAGAACGGCGAGAAGAUGUCCAAGUCAAAGGGCAACGUCAUCGACCCCCUCUACGUCAUCCACGGUGUGUCGCUGGAGACGCUGAACGAGACGGUGCGCAGCGGCAACCUGAGCGACAAGGAGGUGGAGAAGGCGAUCAAGCAGCAGAAGGAGUUCUUCCCGGACGGCAUCCCGGAGUGCGGCAGCGACGCCCUCCGCUUCGGUCUGCUUUCCUACACCCAGUCGGGCCGCAGCGUGAACCUGGACAUUCAGCGCAUUGUCGCCUACCGCCAGUUCGGCAACAAGCUGUGGAACGUCGUGCGCUACGUGCUCUACCACGCCCUCGGCACCGAGUACGUGCCGAGCAAGCAGCAGUUCGACCCCGCCGCGGACGCCGCCGCCCUGCCGUUGGAGUGCCGCUGGAUUCUUUCGCGCCUCGACGUGGCGAUCAGCGAGGCCACGCAGGGCAUGUCAGUGGGUCUGUACGACUUCGCCAUGGCCACCAACGCCGUCUACCGCUUCUGGCUCUACGAGCUGUGUGAUGUGUUUCUCGAGCUGACGAAGCCGACGAUCCAGAGCGGCAGCGACAAGAAGCAGCUCGUGCAGGAUGUGCUGCUCUACGUCGUCGAGGUAGGACUGCGCCUGCUGCACCCCAUGAUGCCCUUCGUGACGGAGGAGCUCUGGCACCGUCUGCCAAACUACAGCACCUUCGCUCAUGAGACAAUCAUGCUAGCCCCUUAUCCGGAGGCGAGCGGGUGGGCGAGCGGCGAGGUCGACGCAGCCAUGUCGAUCGUCCUCGACGUGGUGCACAACGUGCGCUCGACCAAGGCGUCGUACUCGCUGACAAACAAGCACAAGCCGGCGGUGUGGAUUACCGCCCACACCCCCGAGCUGCGCGAGCUCUUCGCGGCGCAGACGCAGAUGGUGUCCACACUCGGUGUCGUGGGCGAGGUGACGGUGGUCGCCCCGGCGGAGGAGGCGGCGGCCGUCCCGAAGGGCUGCGGCUUCUCCGUCGUGACGAAGGAGGUUGGUGUGAACAUGAUGCUAAUGGGCUUCAUCGACGUGGACAAGGAGGUGGCGAAGGUGGAGAAGCAGCUGGCAGGUCUGACGAAGCAGAUCGAGGGCACCAAGAAGAAGAUGUCCAUUCCGAACUACGAGACGAAGGUACCAGGGGAGAUUCGCGCUGCCAACGCUGAGAAGCUGCACACCCUCGAGACGCAGGAGACGCAACUGCGCGAUGGUCUGGAGAAGAUGCGCAACCUAAAACAAUAA